CUUGAGAGUUAAUUAGUGGCUCUCACACUUCUUUAAGUGCAAGUAGGGAAGUUUCAAAUCCUUCUUUUACUUCACUCUUCAUCUACAACAUUUGUGUUUAGUUAUUGUUCGUUAGGUUUUCGUAUAUGGUUUUUUGCACAAAUCAUCGCCUUUGUGUUUUGUUAUUGUUCACUAGGUUUUCGUCUAAGAUUUUUUACACAAAUCAUCGCCUUUGUGUUUAGUUAUUAUUCGCUAUGGCUUUUUGCACAAAUUAUCGAUUUUGCCCACCAUUUUGCAGCCCAUUUCGAAAUAUUGUCGGUGGAAUCCUAAGUUGUUCCUCACCACUGUUUCCCAAGACCGCUACCACGAGUUUUGUAUCAGGACCGAGUUUCAUCCUCUUUAGUGUUUUUUUUUCUUUCUUUUUUUCCUUUUUGUUGAGCAUAUUCACAAUUGAACCCAAUCACAUGGGUAUCCUAACUUGAACACAAAUCAUCGCAUUUGCCCACCAUUCUGCAGACCAUCUCGAAAUACUGUAAGCAGAAUCCUAAAUUGUUCCCCACCAUCGUUUCCGAAGGCCCCUACCAUGAGUUUUGUAUCGGGACCGAGUUUCAUCCUCUUUAGUGUUUUUUCUUUUUCUUUUUUCUUUUUGUUGAGCAUGAUCAUAAUUGAACCCAAUGUCGCUACCGACAAUUCAUACCAUAUCUAAUCAAUGUUCGUAAGUUUUGUAUCAGUACCGAGUUUCGUUCGCUUUAGUGCUUUUUCCCACUUUUUCCUUUUUGUUGGGGUCAUGAGCGAGUUUUAUCUGCUUUAAUACUUUUUAUCUUUUCCCUUUUGGUUGAGAAUGACAAUUGAGCCCCAAUGCAUGGGCAUACAACCUAAUUUGACCCGACCAAAGCAAAUUAAACACAAUUUUACAGGUUUACAACGGGAGCAAGUUUUAUAUGUUUUUGUAAUUGGCGUGUUAUGUCAGGUGUGAAUUUUUCCAAAACUCGAUCCAACCAGGCCAAAGCGAGUUGAACCUGGUGUUCACGAGUUUUGAGUCGGUAGCGAGUUUUAGCUUUAGUUUUUUCAUUUAGUUUUUUCAUUUUGUUUGAGAAAGACAACUGACCCAAAUCCAUAGGUACCCAACCUAAUUUGACCCGAUCAAUGUCUAUUGAACCUUCUUAAACCUACAAUCAGUCCAAAAAAUUCAUAAAGGAGAACCACGAUUACCUCAAACCCAAAAAAAAAAAAAAACAAAAGAGUACAAUUAUGUUUGGCCCGAAUUUUAGAAGUUUUAUGUUUCAAAAGUUGAAGCCAAUCCAAACACCUCUAAAGUUUUGGUUUUUAAAAAACUUAAGUUUUUCGUAACUUAAAAGCAGAAGCUCCGAUUUGAAAAUUCAAAAUUGUGCUUAUCAUAUAUUAUUCUUUUUCUAGAAAACAUAAUUUUCUUUCAUUUAUAUCAUUUGAAUGGUUGGAGCAUAUGAAGGACAGUAAAGUGCAUUUUCAAUCUCCUGGGGUUUAUGAUCAUUGUCCUAUGUAUGUUGAAACUGAGGAAGUUUUGAAAUCUCUCCCUAAGCCUUCAAGUUCUUUAACUUCUAGCCACAACACCCCAAAUUUAAUAGUCUUCUUGAGGAGGCCUGGAGUAGUAUGGUCACUGGUCACCCAUUAGUAAGAGUCUGCAAGAAGUUGAAAAAUCAAAAAAACCUCUUGAGAAAGUUGAAUAAGGAGGAAUACUCAGAUAUUAGAGGAAGGGUCAAAGAGAAGGAAAUGGAGUUGGACUUGGUCCAGCAGAAAGCACUGGUUGAUCCCUCCCCUGAAAACUUUGAGGCUGAGGGGGUUGUAAUGAGGGAGCUAAAUGUUUUGUUAUCAGCUGAAGAAAGUUUCUUGAGGCAAAAAUCAAGGGAGACUUGGCUAAAGACAGGUGACACAAACUCUGAUUAUUUUCAUCGCUCGGUUCGAUCUAAACAGAAAAGAAGUAGAAUUCGAGUUCUUAAAGAUGAGGAUGGUCUGAAAACUCAAGAUGUGGAUCAAAUGGCUCAGAUUGCUGUUAGGUUCUAUGGUCACUUGUUGGGGAGACCAGAUCCUGAAGUUGAACCUCAAACUGAUGAUUACUAUGAGAGACUGCUGAAAGGUUUGUAGCAUGGAUUAAGAUUUGUGUGGUGUUGAGUCAACAAGCUUGAUUUAGCAAAUUGAAUAUCAUAGGAUAUUUUGUUUUAAAUAUAUGCUAUUAUUGUGAACUAACAAUCUCUGCAGAAAUAUCACAAUCAAUGAUGAGGAAAAAGGAAACAAUUCAAAGUGAUUGCUUGCCCUCAAAGGAGUUACCAUAUCAAGCAAAAAUGGUAUCAAAUCAAGGAGAUACUUGCCACAUAAAGGACUACAAAUGAAAGGAAAUGAAGGCUCACAUCCACUAUAAAUAGUAGAGUCAUUUGUAGACCAGGACACCUUUUGCAAAGUUCUCUUCUCUCUUGUAAUAGCGAAAUUGUGUGAUCAUAUUUCGUGGUGUGAAUAGCUUGAUAUCUCGGGGGUUGAGAUAUUCAAGCUAGGUCGGGUUUUAGGGUAGAAAGGGUAUUUGUAAUUGGGACUAGUGCAAGAGCAAGAGGUGAUUCUUGCUUGGGAGUUGCAAUAGGUGGAUUACUCUUCAAUCAAGUCAAAAUAAGAGUGUUGGCUUGAGUGAUUGAGUGGGUAGCUUAGCUUGGAUUUGGCGGGAUUUUUUCAAAAGUAGCACUGUUUAAAAAAAAAAUUCUAAAAAUAGCACCCAACUCCGAAAAAUUACAAAAGUAACACCCUUUCUGCAAAACCGCCACCCGUACCAGCGGUUUAGUUGAAAACCGCCACCCGGGGGCGCAAUUUUCGAUGAAAACCGCACUGGCAUGGGGCGGUUUUACAGAUCGCACCCCCACCAUGCGGUCAGUUUUUUUUUUAUGAAAAAUCCUAACCUAGGUGGAAACUUCAAAUGAACGUAUCUUUGUGUUUGGGUAUCCGAUCGUCGCGAAUUUUUUUUUGAUUCCGCAUAACUUUUUGAGAUCUUGCAAGUCAAAAACUACCGAAGGUGGUUUGGUCCCGCCUUCGUCCCAAAAAAUGUCGUUUGCUACCCCGAACGAGCUUUUUUCCGAUUUCGUCAAACUUUGGACAACCAUAACUUUGUGCUCCAAAAUCCAAACGACAUGAAUUUUUUUAUUUCGCAUAAAUUUUUAAGGAAUACAACUUUUAUCAUAAACAUAAUUUCAAUAUGUACGUGGAUUGGUGAGAAGGGAAGGUAAGCUAAUCCCAAAAUCCAUUAUAUCCAAAAAUAAUUCAUGUUUUGAAAAUUCAUUCCUAGUAAAAAUUGUAGUCCUUAAAAAAUUAAGCAAAAUAAAAAAAAUUAAUGUUGUUUGGAUUUUGGAGCACAAAGUUAUGGUUGUCCAAAGUUUGACAAAAUCGGAAAAAAGCUCGUUCGGGGUAGCAAACGACAUUUUUUGGGACGAAGGCGGGACCUAACCACCUUUGGCAAUCUUUGACUUGCAAGAUCUCAAAAAGUUAUGCGGAAUCAAAAAAAAUUCGCGACGAUCGGAUAUCCGAACACAAAGAUACGUUCGUUUGAAGUUUCCACCUAGGUUAGGAUUUUUCAAAAAAAAAAAAAAAAGCAGACCGCAUGGUGGGGGUGCGGUCUGCAACAAAACCGCAUGGUGGGGGUGCGGUCUGUAAAUCGCCCCCUGCCAGUGCGGUUUUCAUCGAAAAACGCGCCCCCGGGUGGCGGUUUUUACCUAAACCGCUGAUACGGGUGGCGGUUUUUCAGAAAUGGUGCUAUUUUUGGAAAUUUUCAGAGUUGUGUGCUAUUUUUGGAAUUUGUUUUUUAAACAGUGCUACUUAUGGAAAAAUCCCGGAUUUGGCUAAGGGUUGAAUAGGUGUGGAGUUGCACCUAUUUGGUUCUUGACACGAAGUGUCAAGGUUGUUUCAAUUUCAUAGGUUAAAGAGUCUUUUAUUUUAAUAAAAGUUAGAGUCUCUCGUGAGAUAGUGGUAACUAUCUCCGGGACGUGGAUGUAAAGCCAUAUUGGCCGAACCACGUUAAAAUCGCGUGUCCCGACUCAUCCCACUCUCUAUACCUUCUCUAACCUUGUUCUCUUUAUCAGUGCCAACUAAUUAAUCACUUCAAGAGAGAUUCUUGGCAAGUCCUUUUGGAUUGCUCAAUCAAGCUAGUGCUAAUCUCUCACUAUUGUAAUCAGAAUUAAUUUGUGCACUGACCACGUCAAAAGUAUUCAUUAUUGACUUCGCUUGGUCUAACAAGUGGUAUCAAAGCCUGGCUCCCUCAAAAGACCGAAAGAUCUGCGAGGAAACUGAGAUCCGAUAUACCAAGCAUGGCUAGUGGGUCAUCUACAAAUCAUGGUUCUAAUUCUACUCAAAUGGAGGGUCUUUCAUAUGUUAGACCACCAUGGUUUGAUGGAUACAAUUAUUCCUUUUGGAAAACACGUAUGAUUGUUUUCUUCAAAGGGAUGGGUUUUGACGUUUGGAAUGUGGUUGAGAAUGGUGUGGGUGAUAUCAAAGAUGAUCCCAACACAUGGUCUAACGAUGAUCUAAAGAAGAUGGAGUUAGAUGCUAAAGCAACAAAUGUCUUAUAUUGUGCAAUAUGUCCAGAUGAAUUCAAUAAGGUGAACAGGUGUAAGACGGCACAUCAGAUCUGGAAAACCUUGGAAGUAUCACAUGAAGGGACAACUGAGGUAAAAGAAUCAAGGAUAUAUCAAUUGGUGCAUGAAUAUCAAAUGUUCAAAAUGCACCCAAGUGAGUCCAUCUCUGAUAUGUAUGUUCGGUUUAACUUAAUAGUAAGUAGACUCAGUGAGUUAGGAAAAAUUUAUGAUAAUGCUGAACUGGUCAAGAAAAUUCUUUGGUGUCUACCCAAAGAAUGGAUUCCUAAGAAAACUGCCAUAGAAGAGGCUAAAAAUCUAUCUACUCUCAGUAUUGAAAAUUUGAUAGGAUCUCUAAUUAGUCAUGAAAUUGCCUUAAAAGCUCAAGGUGAUGAGAAUAAUGACAAGAAAAAUAAAAGUUUAGCAUUCAAGGCUUGCGAAAAGAAAGUCACAAAUGAUGAAGGAUCAGGAGAUGAUUUCGAUCAAGGAUUUGCUCUCAUUUUAAAAAAAUUCAAAAAGUUUUUAAAGUUAGAAAGAAAACAGGGUAGGGGUAGUUCUUUCUAUUUUCGUGAGAAUAAUAGAAAUGGUAAGGUAAAACCUUUUGAUAAUCAAAAGAAGAAAAUUAAAGUGGAAAGUGAGUGUGAAGAUCAAGAUUACCAAAAUGCUACAAAUGUGGAAAGAGUGGUCAUGUAAGGGCUGAAUGUCCUAACAAAGGACGAAGUAGAGAAAAGGCUUAUGCAGUGGCUUGGAGUGGAUCAGAAGAUGAAAGUGAAGAUAAUGAAAGUGAAAUACAAGGCUAUAUGGCGUUUGCCAAUCGUGAUGAUGGAUCCUCUUCGUCAAGAUCACAUGAAGAUGAGGUAUGUUCAUCCUUUCCAACUUAUGAUAGUGAUUGUGGCUCAAAUCUUCGCAGUAGUAUAGUUGAAGCAUAUGAAUAAAUGCAAAAUCAUUUUGAAAAACUAAAAGAUAGAUACUACAAGGUAAAAGAGGAUUUGAAACUAAGCAAGAAUUAAAUUAAGGAAUUAAAAGAGGAUAUUGCAAUAUUACGUGACGAAAAUCAAGUUCUGAAGAAACCAAAGGGUAAACUCAAGAAUAAUAGACCUCUUGAAGAACUAGAAGAUAUGAGAGUUAGAAAUAAUGAACUGGAAAAAAUGAUAAUAGACUCUAGGACUAAACUUCUUGAAGCAAAUACCAAGAUAGAGCGAUUAGAAGACAAGGAAAAGAAGUCUAAAGAAAAGGUGCAAAAACCUCAUAAUAAAUCAAUUGUGUGUGUGUGUUGAGUGUAAUGCUCAUAGUGGAGAUUAUGACAAAAUUAGGUGCAUGAAUUGUGGAAAGAGUCACCAUAGUAAAGAAUGCAUGAAAAAUGUGAGGUGUAGUAAAUGUACUAGAAAAGGACACACUAAACAAGAAUGUAAUUCAAGAAUUGUAUGCUAUUGGUGUCAUAAACAAGGACACAUUAGGAGAAAAUGCUACUACAAUAACCUUUAUAGCUCAUAUCAAUCGUAUCCCAUGAAAAAGGUACCCAAGCAAGUCUGGGUACCAAAAUCAACAAUCUAAAUAUCUUGCAGGUCAUUAAGAGAGCAUGAUCAAAUGAAUGGUAUCUAGAUAGCGGAUGCUCUCACCAUAUGACGGGAAACAAGAGUCUCUUUUCAGAGUUGACUCUUAAAAAGGGAGGUAAAGUAACCUUUGGUGAUAAUGGUAAAGGUAUGAUACUUGGAGUUGGUACGAUUGGAGAGCCUCCAGACCCUACCUUCACUCAAGUGUUAUUUGUUGAUAGUCUUAAGCACAACCUGUUAUCUAUUAGUCAAUUAUGUGGUACAACUAAUAGAGUUGUGUUUCAACGUGAGACAUGCCUUAUUGAGAGGAUCAAAGACAAUAAACUAUUAUUCCUAGGAGUUAGGAAAAAUAAUGUCUAUGUCAUUGAUCUUAGUAAAAAGGCUUCAUUCAAUGAAACCUGCUUUCUCUCUUUAGGUAAGAACAAGCAAUUUCAAUGCCAUCGAAGACUAGGACAUGUUAGCAUAAAGAGAUUGGCUAAAUUAGCUAAAUUGGGUCUAGUAGAUGGUCUUCCUCAAUUAAAAGAAUCAAAUGAC